UCCGUGCAGCAGCAGCAGAACAGAAGUGGAUGAGUACGACUGAAGCAGAGGAAGGACAGAGUGUGUGUUUGGAGCGACGUCCUGAACAUUCUGCAGUCUGAACACAGCACAACGGCCAACAUGGAAUACUAAGCAUUUGAGCUGAGGAUCAGUACCAGCCCAGAUCAGUGGAUCAGUACCUGGAUCAGUGGAUCAGUACCUGGAUCAGUGGAUCAGUACCUGGAUCAGUGGAUCAGUACCUGGAUCAGUGGAUGGUCUGUGUACUUCACACAUGCUCAGUGGCCUUAGUCGUUCUGAAAAUGCCACCUGUUUCUUCAGCGUAUCCCACCUAUAACUGACUGGAUUUGAAUGUAUUUGUGCAUCUGUCAUUCAAAGGAAAACUGGACUGGACGUCCCUACAGAUGGACUGGACUUUCUACCAAUGUCCGAAUAGAGCAUAUACAGAAGACUAAAGGUCCAAUUCAAUCCUGUAAAGGACAUUAUCUGAAAAAAAGCCAGAGCAUUAAAUGGAACCAAAGCCCUGCUGAUCCCAGACUGGAACGGUUCCCAUCCUGGACCUAGACCCGGACAGACAUGAGUGUCCCUCAGCUUGGGAGCAGCAUCCCUAUUUCUGGGAACAGUGUCCCUGUCUGUGGGAACAGUGUCCCUGUCUCUGGGAACAUCGUCCCUGUCUCUGGGAACAUCGUCCCUGUCUGUGGGAACAGCGUCCCUGUCUCUGGGAACAGCAUCCCUGUCUCUGGGAACAUCGUCCCUGUCUCUGGGAACAGCAUCCCUGUCUCUGGGAACAUCGUCCCUGUCUGUGGGAACAGCAUCCCUGUCUCUGGGAACAUCGUCCCUGUCUGUGGGAACAGCAUCCCUGUCUCUGGGAACAUCGUCCCUGUCUGUGGGAACAGCAUCCCUGUCUCUGGGAACAUCGUCCCUGUCUGUGGGAACAGCGUCCCUGUCUCUGGGAACAUCAUCCCUGUCUGUGGGAACAGCGUCCCUGUCUCCUCCAUGAAACUGUGUCUUCACAGUGGGAAUGCUUUCCCCAUGUCCUCCUCUUCCUCGUCCUCCUCUUCCUCCUUUUGUCCGGGGGACUCAUCUCCGGAGUCCCUGCGCAGUCUGAGCAGCCUGAGCGGAGGACGCACCGACAGCCCACUGGACUACGACCUGUUGGAAGUCACGCUCAUGGCAACGGUGAUGGGCGCACCGGACCAAACAGGAGAUGUAGUCGUUUCAAAAUGGCUGCUGGAAGAGAAGAACAAGAAGCAAGACCACAACGGUGAUGUGUCAGUGGGAAAGAUCCAAACUGAACCGCCAGAAUCCAACGACAACUCUGUGUCCUUUUACCUGGAUGCCAACAGCAGCGAGUACCACACAGACAACUGGAACCAGAACCAGAACCAGAACCUGACAGUGGCCUCAAACACCUGUGAGUCAGCUCCAGAUUCAACCACUGAAAUCUUUCCUGAGGAGUUCACUGACGAAGAAGAUGAGGCUUUGUUUCUAUCUGUGAGCUCCGAUGUGGGCGCGUGGAGAAGCAGUGCCACUCGCACAAACAUGAACGAAGACGUCCGCAUGUCAACCGCCCAUGAGCGCCGAACAGAAGGGGUCAGAAAAGAUGAAUGUACACUGAACGAAGAGUGCCAAACAGAAGGGGUCCAAACAGAAGGGGUCAUGAAAUCUGAACAUACAAACAAUGAAGAGCUGUCCACAGGAAGGUUUCAAAGACUAGAAGGAAACAAAGCUGGAGAAGAGUUGAAGGAAAGUGUCCUGGCUCCAUGGCCUUCUGCUUCUGAGGACCUCCUUCAGAUCCCCUCUGCUGGUCCAGGUUCCCUUCAGGCAGUCCAAAGGUCUGCAGUCAGUUCCAGCCUCCCUGACGCACACACCAGGCAGACAAAACCCAAACUAACCACUGUGUCCAAGCCUUCAGUGUCCAAUGGCAUCAAAGCUUCCAGUCAGGAGACAAACCGAGUCUCCAAAGUGGACCUGAAGAGUGUCAAAGUGGACCUGAAGAGUGUCAAAGCUAAAGUUGGACCACGCUCAACCCCCUCUCCAAUGAAAACACACAACCAGAAGCUAGGACCAGACCCCAGACCACAUGGACCACAUGCACCACAUGGACCACAUGGACCAUAUGGGAAAGGCACCAGGGUGGAGAAGGGGGCCUCCAGACCUGGUCUGCCUACAGGACCUCCAGGACACCAUGGGCCCAGGCAGACCCACGCUGACAGAUCAGUGUCAGGAGACAGUGGUGGAUCUCCAACCAGACCCAGACUGAGCCAGGGUGUUUCCAAACCUCGUUCCACCUCUGGAAUCUCCAGCCCAUGUGUCUCUAAACCCUCAGCCAAUCAGCAGACUUCUUCAGGGUCAGCUGGUCAACCUGCUGCCGCCGCUGCAUCCAAGCUGCCCAUUAAAGGAUUACCCACAAUCCUCGGCUCCUCGUCACUGGGCAACAACACACAUGAAAAAAAUGGAGUCAUAAGCAAAGGACUGAAGGCCCCGCCCACCAACAGCAUAGCCAGUAAGAUGACAGCAGCAGCUGCCAAUCAAACCACAGCAAAGACAGCUGUAGGCGGGGCCAAGCAGACGUCCCAGAAGCCCUUACAACGAAGCAGCUCCGCCCACCUGAGUCGACUGAACACUACAGUGGACACAAACACAAACAUAAACAUAAACACAAACACAAACAUAAACACAAACACAAACACAAACAUAAACACAAACACAAACACAAACAUAAACACAAACACAAACACAAACAUAAACACAAACACAAACAUAAACACAAACAAACCCCGGCAGGUUCUGUCCAGAGCUGCACAUGGAAGCAGCCUCCAGGGUUCAGGAACCAAACAGAACCACAACCAGGACCAGGACCAGCAGAAGCAGCCAGACCUGGUAACAGAUGUGGUCAAAGUGAACGGGUCGGUGAUGCUGGUAUCCAGAGGAUCUGAUCCCACAGACUUAGCCUCAGCCGGAGCUUCAACACCUGGAUUCAGAAUAAAGAGUGGGACCCAGUCCAACCCAAAACCAGGUUCCCGUCUACACAGUGGGUCCAGAUCCAGUGGGUCCAGAUCCAGUGGGUCCAGAUCCAGUGGGUCCAGAUUCAGCGCAACAGCAGCAUGUUCUGCAGACAACAGCGUUUCAGCCAAAGAGCAGGCAGAGAAGAAGAACCAGGCCCUGAACCAGCUGAGGAAGUUCCUGGUCCAGGGGAACAAGAGAGUGGAGGCUCUGGCCACCGUCAUCCAGCAUCUGUUCUCUGAGCAGGAGGAGGCCUUGAAGCAGAAGCAGGAGCUAUCGGUGGAACUGGCCAACCUUCGACAGGAACUGGGGUUGUCGUCUCAAAGCUGUGUGCGUCUGCAGAAGGAGAAGGAGGAGGUGCGUUCCAGCCUGGAGGAGGAACUGAGGAGACUGGAGGAACAGCACCAGGAGGAGGUGGAGCAGCUGGAGGACAGACUGAGGAGUUUUUAUCAAACUGAAUGGGAUAAAGUCCAUCAGAUGUACCAGGAGGAGGCGGACAAAUAUCGCAUGUUAAUGGAGCAGCAGGUGGAGGAGCUGAGGACUCGACAGGAAGCUGAGAGGAAGAAUCAAGAAGUGACUCACCUUCAGAGGGUGGAGUCUCUGAAACUGGAGUACGAGAUGAGCAUCCAAGAGCUGAAGGGGGCCCAGCAGACGGCCCUGCAGAACCUGGAACAGGCCCUGAAGGACACCCACAGCUCCCUCUCAGAGCAGAUCAGUGAACUGUCAGCAGAGAAGGAGGUUCUGACGCACAGACUGAACACUGAAGAGGAGAAGAGGAGCAGUCUGCAGAGAGACCAGAGUCUGAAGGACUCUCACUCGUUGUAUUUGGAGCAGGAGCUGGACAGUCUGAAGGUGGUGCUGGAGAUGAAGAACAAGCAGCUGCAUGAGAAGGACAAGAAACUGAUAGACAUGGACAAACUGGUUCAGACCAAUGUGAAGCUGGAGGAGGAUCUGAAGAAGGUCCAGCAGGAGAAUGAGGACUACAAGGCCCGUAUGGACCGACAGGCAGCUCUGUCCAAGCAGCUGUCCAAUGAGCAGGCGCUCCUGCAGCAGACUCUGCAGAAGGAGUCAAAGGUCAACAAGCGUCUGUCCAUGGAGAACGAGGAGCUGCUGUGGAAGCUGCACAAUGGGGACCUGCUGGCCAGCCCCCGACACCUUGGCCCCACCCCCCCCUGCAGCGCACCACAGGACUCCGCCUCCUUCCCCACCGCAGCCCCCCUGUCACCCAGAUAGCCCCCCCCCCCCCCCCCCCCCCCCCACACACACACACACACACACACACACACACCCAGAUAAUCCCCCCUUCGUGGGCCUGUCCAGCCUCACACAGACUGAAUGUGCUUCAACAGCAGCGGUGGAGGAGGUUCCACCCUGGACAUUCUGGAAGUUCUGGUACUUUGGAUCAGAAAGACACUCCUGUGGAGUGGACCAGGCCAGGGCCGUAUACAGACAGAGUUGGGACACACUUCUGUCUGGACCAGGCCAGGGCCUAACCCUAACCCAAAACCUAAGCCUAACCCAGGCCAGGGCUGUACACGGACAGAGUUGGGUCAGGCUUUGUUGUGGUUGGUCCAGUGGUCAGGUGGUUCUUGUCAGCCUCAAUAGUUCCAAACUAAGGCUGUGCUGUCCUGUUCGUCUACUGGACAGACAGCAGUCAGUGGGUUAAUGCAAGUAAAUAAACAAAUGAAACUGUCAGUGCGUUUGUCCAAGGCCUUUUUCAGGAACUUUGGCCGAUAUUUUCACACUUUAUCAUCUGAUACUAGCUGUUUUUCUGCAAAAUUGAGGAAGUUCUGGUCAAAAAUGGGGUAUUUAGGAAAUCAUGAUCUUGAGUUUGACCUUUCAAGGUCAUCGAAGGUUAACAAAAUUGGUACCAAAUGAAAGACCAUCUCUGGCUUCCUGUCAGUCGAUCAUACAAAGUUAGUCGAUAUCCGUCUGAGUUUUAAAGACAGAAGCUGUUUUAUGAAUAUGCAAAUGAGGUGCUGGAGCCCUGGUCACUUUAGAUGAAAAUAAAAUCUAUAAAUACACACAUGACAGAUGAGGUAAGACAUGGAUAGACUAUUGAAUUUACAAGAAUUUGGCAUUAGUUUGAAAUCGCUACUACGAACAGAACAGAAAUUAUUAACGAUAAGCAAAUUUUCUGUAUGUUACCAUAGCAACCGGCAGUCACAAAACCUAGACUUAUGAAAUUUGUCAUAUGAGAAGAGACUGGAACACAGAUGUUAAAUUUAGGUUUGAUCAGAUGAAUAUUGGUGAUAUUACAGCCCCCCCCCCCCACACACACACACACACACACACACACCUAUAUUUACCUGGGGGUGCUAAUGAGGGUGUGGCUCUUAUGAUGUCAUGAUGCAUACAAUCAGAUGCAGAAUGGGAAAAUGCACAAUCUGGCUUUGGUUUGAAGUCAAUGCAAUGAAUUUGAUGGAACUUCUGUUGAAAUAUGCAUGUGUUGAACUGUGGAAGAAUAUUGGAAAAAAAAAUAAUAAAAAACUCUAAUACAAAAAAAAAAAAAAA